AUGGAUAGGCUCCGACGCAAAAGUUCUGGCAAACUGGGGUCCCCUCUUUGGCUGAGUGGUUCACGGUCAUUGACUUCACAUCUUGAUCCGCCAUCACCCGUGGAACAGAGUUGGCCGCCCACCCCACCAUCGGCCAAAGACAGCGACACCAAAUCUCUGUCCAGCAGUGUCUGCACUCUUUGGCCAGACCCCUCUUCACCUGGCGCUUCAGAGAGGAAGCCGGCGAGUGUUAGGGCCAAGCACAUUCCCAUUGACAUAUCCAAGUACCAAAUAUCGCAGGCACCUAUUCAGGACUAUGUUCCAGAAACUGCUACGAAGCCUACGAGUUCAACACGAUUGCCACGUCAUGUACCUAUUGUAAUUCCCGAAUUUGCCCAACCGCUUGCAAGAGAACUCCGCUCUGCCAGGUCGGACUCCCAUAUAAAGACCUUACGCGCCUCAUCGACCCCAACCACACCGACAUUAAAAAGUGGUGUACGAAAUUCAAGACGUUCGAAUGACGCCAGCACCAUUUCACUAACAACCACAUCUGACACAAAGGAGAGCACAAAUCUGGCGGCCGAGAACAGCCAGGAAGCGAUGAACAAUAGCCAGGUGAGCCUCGUAAAUUCCGAGGCCAGCAAUGAGGCUCCAAAUGGCUCGACCCAACCUAUCAAUGGUUCGACGGGAAAUAUUGGCAUAUCACCUGGAGUUCCCCAGCAGGGUACAGCUCCGACCAAUUUAUCUGGAUUGGUUUGCAAUGUACACAGAACGACGGGGGAAGAGCCCCAUGCAUUGGUGGGAGCAACCACGACGAUUCUCGGAGACAAGCUGUAUGUUUUCGGAGGGCGAAUACACUCUCGAACGAAACCACAAUUGACCUCGGACCUCUACGAACUGGAUCUCAUUCGUCGCCAUUGGGUCAAAAUCGAUGCGCUCGGCGAUAUUCCGCCUCCACGAUAUUUUCAUAGCGUGUGCGCUUUAGGUGACUCGAAAUUGGUAUGCUAUGGUGGCAUGUCGCCGGCCGUGCAUAACAGAAAUACCGUCGCCGCCGCCGCUGCCGCUCCGGGAUCAAAAGGCGCUACCGAUGCCCAACCGGAGGUGGUGGUCAUGUCGGACAUUCAUGUUUUUGAUGUUCCUACACGAAAAUGGACCUUGAUCUCGACCUCCGAUAAUCCUCAAGGCCGAUACGCUCAUUGUGCCGCGAUUCUACCUUCCUCCGCCGUCUUCACAUCUGCCAAUGCUCCAUUAUCUGCCAUACAACAUAAUCCUCCGUCGUCUGACCCUCACUCAGGCACGUUGGGUGUGCAACUGGACGGAAGUGGAGGGGCAGAAAUGGUUGUUGUUGGUGGACAAGACAGCAGCAAUAACUACAUUGAGCAAAUCAGCGUGUUUAACCUUCGAAGCUUGAAAUGGACCAAUACCACCGCGUGGGACCGGAAAUGCGGAGCAUAUAAAAGCAUGGUUGCUCCAAUGACCGGCUUGUCAGCAGAGCUCAUUGGGCGAGGGAUUCCUCUCAAUGAUCCACAAGCAUCGAGGGCGAGCUCUCGAUCGGGAACUUCGAUGCUGAUUUAUUCGAACUACAAUUUCUUAGAUGUCAAGUUGGAGCUCCAGAUUCGAUUGCCCGACAGAUCUCUGGUAGAGAAGCCGAUGACGGGUGACAUAUCCCCGCCCGGUCUGCGCUUUCCAAACGGUGGCAUCAUCAAUGGCCAUUUCGUGGUCAGCGGAACCUAUUUAACGUCAUCAAAGCAUGAAUAUGCAUUGUGGGCGCUGGAUCUCAAGACGUUGACCUGGGCCCGUAUCGACACGAACGGUUCGAUUUUCUCGCAGGGAAGCUGGAACAGAGGGAUUUUAUGGAAUCGUCGAAACACAUUUGUCAUUCUUGGACAUCGAAAACGCAGCUUGGUGGAUGACUAUAAUCAUCGACGGAUCAAUUUUAGCCACGUGUGCAUGGUUGAGCUGGAAGCAUUUGGGCUGUAUGAUAAUCCGAGAAAGCAGGCUCCCACGUCAGGCUACGUGUCAGUAUCUGCACCUGCGAUCCCGGUGUCGUUGCAAACGACUCUGCCGAGUCAGGAAGCUGGCGGACGGCCCUAUACCAGCACGGCCGAGCAACUGGGUCAAGCAGCAUUAAGUCUGCAUGAACUCGCAGACAUGGAGAUUGUUGCAUUGGGGGGGGAGAAAAUUCCAUGCAACUCAUUCCUUCUUUCUCGGCGUUGGGGGCCAUUCUUCAAUCAGCUUCUGGUCGAAUCCGCAGCGGCGCAUGAAAGUGGCAGUCUUUCCGAUUUAGCAACCUUGCGUCCCAAUGCACAGUCACAGCCUAGUCGCAACUCUACCCUUACCAUCACACCGAGUGGUAUCAAUGGGUUGGCUCCGUCGGGCUCUUCAGUUGGCCCCGAUGGAAUCUUGGAUCCACAACGAUCUCUAAGUCGAUCUACGACGAGAACCUUGGUGGAACUCCCGAAUAUCAUCUCGGUACCUGCGUCGAAUCGACCGCGGUCGCUGUACCUACCCCACAUGGCCCCUACGAUUCAACUGCUACUACACUUCCUGUAUACAUCUUCCUUGCCACCCGUCGGAUCAUCAUUGUGUACACCUCAUACGCUGUGCUCCCUUUUACAAAUGGCGCGACCUUAUCAGAUUGAUGGACUACUUGAAGCAACAGUGGAACGACUUCAUGAGGUUUUGGAUGGCCGCAACUCGGCAGCGGUAUUUAAUGCGGCGGCAAUGGCGGCUGGAGGUGGUCGAAGUAUCGGUAGUGCUGCAGGCGGCACCAUGGCCAACCUGGGUCGGAGGGAGAGUGAAGCGACGACCGUUGCGGACCAAAUCCUAGCUGGCAAGGCUGCAGCGCUCAAGCUUACGACGAACUCCGAGGAAGCGAAAAAGAAGGGGCAUGGAAAGUCCAGCUCCACGGAUUCGGCGUCGACGGCGACAUCGGCUUCUACAUCCACAGACAUCUCACAUGCGGACACGGAGACGUCGGCGCAAGACGAGAAUGGGGAUCCUGUGAGUAAAGGGGAACGAGAGUCCCGAGAAAUGUGGACAGGGGAUCUGAGCUCAGUAAUUGGCCUUCAGAAACGAGGAUUAAGAGGGCUGAUGGAAGGUCGACGUUUGAGAGAGAGGGCAAAUACCGGGGGAGGUGAAUAA